AUGGCUUGCCGGACUCGAGCGGAGUUCGCUACCUGGCCAGGCGUUACCUCCAGGCAGAGCACGGCUGGGUCGUUCGGGGCCUCGACAUGGAGCCCUGGCUCCGCGACGGCGGCAACGCCAGCCAGGCGGCGGCGCUGCGCGCCUCCGAGCUCUGGGGGCCGCUCCGCGGCGACGGGGAGCUCCCGACGCUGGGAGCCCUGCUCGCGGCCUUGUCCCCCGAGACACAGCGGGGCUUCACCCUGCGCGAGGCGCCGUCCGUGCGCCACCGUCG